CAUCGACAACGCCGCCUUUGCGAGCGCCGAACCUCCUCCCCCUUCCUCCUCCCGACAUCUUCUGGUGCGAUUCCAGUCGCUCUCUUGUCUUCAGAGUUGCGCUGGUCUUGUCCGUCCACUCCUUUUCAUUAGUUUAAACAACCUGUCUGUCGAGUUGCCUUCGUCUUUUCGAUUUCAGCCAUCCAGCUCGACGACACCAAAGCAGCCUUUUUUGCCAUUUCCGCCUGGUCCGUCACCCUAGCCUAUUCGCUCGUUUCCAGCCUCGAUCAUAGCAUUGUCCCCAAGUCGAUGUCAUUUAGCGUUUCUCGUGCCGUCGACUUGCAAUUCCCAAGACUGGUCAACUGAUUGUUGUGACGUCUCAGACCGCGACGGUUCGACGAGUUAAUCCAUCACCACGCCCGGUCACGACUAUUCGAACGAGAAAGCAAGCGAGCCUCACGGUUCCGGAACGGUCGGCUUGCUUGUCCUAUGAACCCUUAAUUCACACCCAGUUGCCCAUCACUUCGAUUGCCGCUGCGCGGCUGAGGAGAAGAUGGCAACCACCUUCGGCCCCGAACAGUUAACCCGGCCAUCCGCUGGCCCAGCUUUCGACAACCCCGCGGAUCGAUUCGUUUUCCCGAUGGAUCCUCUGGCUGCGUCCCCGUCACUUGACCCCGAGUCUCGUGCUGACCCUCCACCUAAUCCUCCAUUCGUCUUCCCGGCUCAACCUCCCGCCUCGGCACCAUCCUCCUUCUCGCGAGCCACAGGUCGCCGGCCCAUGUCUGCUAUCGAGACACCUAACUUUAGCUUUGGGUUCUCCGCUGAAAACGCGGAGAGGCAGAAUCGAUCUGCGUUGCCAGACUUCAGCUUCAACCCUGGUGCUCUUCUCCCUCCAGAUCCCCAGACACCCUGCCUUUUGACUCCUCCCGUGUCUCCUCGGAAUAUCGCAUCACCACAACGGCCCGGUGGUCAUGGACAUCGAAGAGGCGGCAGUGAGUUUGUUGGUGGCCGUCUUCGUGAGGGCAACUCCAUUGCUGUCAUGAGCACAAGUCCAACCAAAUCAGAGAGUGGGUUUAUGACACCUACUUUCCAACCCCCGAGAAGAGGACACCGAAGAGGUAUCUCGGGUGCUAUCUCGACUAAUGAUUUGCCCAUUCUGCAAGCACCCGUGUUCGAUGCCUCUGGUCGAGGAAGCAGUGCACCAACUAGCCCAACUGGUUACAUCCAGCCCGAGAACAGUGUUUCCGCUCAGCUCGAUGAACCCAUGCAGCUCGAACCCCAGGCUGUCCCAACGGAGCAAGCGGAUGACACCAAACAACCUGCCUCGGCACACAGUUCCCCCAAAGGAAGUCCAAAGCAGAGCAAGGCAGUGCCGAAAGCGCGAGUCGGUUUCUCGGAUACGCUAGAGUUUAUCCCACGGCCGCUAUCCCUAGUCUCUAAUGAAACGUCCAGCACGGUAACAGCACGACCUGGACAUUCAGUUUCCGGGAGUAUUUCUUCAAUCGUCUCUGCUGCAUCCCCCAGUGGUAGAGAUAGCCCGGUGCCACUUUCUCGAACAUCAACACGCGAGCUUACAGAUUCGAGACCGAGCACCGCGGGCGCUAUUCUCGAACGCACCCAGGAUACAUCUAAUACCACGUCUUCACCAAAGCGCCGGAACUCGAUCCCAACACUGCUUCACCUUGCCGAAGCGUCCAAGGCGGGAGAACCUGAACCUAGUCCAACCAAGGUUGCCAAGCGGUGGUCGUUUUUCGCCUCAACCACAGGCUCUUCCCCCACCAAGACACGACCACACAGUUCCAGCUCAUCUGAUUCUUUGCCAAAGCCAGCUCCUGGAUCCGAACACGGCUCCGAUGCUGCUGGUGAAAGUCUUGACACGGCUCCCGCCAAACAGAAAAAGAGCAAGAAGGGGAAGAAAAAGAAGAAGAAGGUCAAGGGCUGGGCUGGUGCAAUUCUACCACGAAAGCCCAAGAGCCACACCAAGCGUUCCAAGUCGGAUGAAGUUCGUCCUCCCACACCGCCAGCCUCGAGUGUUUCACGAGACGAUGACGAUGGUGAGAUGUAUGAAGAGCCCGAAUUGCUUGAGCCAUCUAUUCCAUCCUUCACUGUCACAGAGUCUCCCAACCUUCCAGCGGAAAAUGACCUGCCCAGGCCCUCAGACGAAACAACAUAUCCCAUGAUUGAUCUUGACGCAGCUCUUGGACCCUUCAAUACACCACUGCCGUUGAACCCAGAAUGGGAGGCAGCGCAGCGAGCCGCUGGCAACACCACCAACAAGCGAAGACUCCAUAGUGCUCAGGGUAUGAAGGGAUUCACUGGUCCAGGCAUGCACUACCAUCGACGUGCGGAGUCUGCUCCCGAUCUGCCUCCUUUUGACCCUGGUAGGGCUGGUAUGCACCGCUACAACAGCAGCUCGACGAUGGCCGAUGUCUUUGAAGAAGACGAAGAAGACGAGUCCAAGACACCAGAUGAUUCCUCUGAAGAGGAGUUCGAGUCAGACAGUGAUGCAACUCCCCCAGCUGGCGUCACUAAGGACCCAUUGCUCGAUGUUCAAGAUAAGCUCUCAACUCACAGCUCAGCACAGAGCAUGAGGCGGACGAGCUCUAGCUUGAGCGACAAGGAUCAGAUCACAGCUGGCUCAGUCCGUGCCGAGCGCUCCAAGUCAUCUCUUCACGACAGCGUCAUUGUCGAGGAGGAGCUGCCAAGUGUCAUCUUCCGGUCACCCUUCGCAUUUCCUGAGCGCAACGAUAACGCGGACUCAGCUCCCGCUUCGCUCAGGAGGGCCUCGGGCAACAAAGAUCUUGCUCCUGUCGAUAUUGGCCCCGCCCACCUCCCUACACCGACCAACGUUCCCAACAGCCCAUAUGCCAUGAGCCAUUCGUCCUCAUUCCCGUCCCCCAGGUCACCCAUGUCGGUUGAAGUGCAACGCAUCUCGACCGCUCCUUCAUCAGUUGCAGAUGAGAACAAUUUCCAAUCCUUGUUGCUCAUGGGCGAGCCUGGCCCCGAGCGUAUGUCUCAGCCGAUUCUUCGUGAGCCACGCCCUGUCUCGGUGUCAUCUGCCGCGUUUGGCCGCCGUCGAUCCAGCCUCGCCAGUCUGAGCCGUCUCAUUAGCAGCUCUCAUGGCGAACGCAGCAAACUGUCGAUGGAAGUGACACUUGACAAUGAGUCGACUCACAAGAAAUCAAAGAGCAGCCGAACGAAGCGACUUAGCCGGAUGAUGCAAUUCUGGAAACCCACCGCCAAAGAGGGUUCAUCCAAGCAGUAAUGGUUGGCUUGAUAAUGGAUUUUGGCUGGCAUUACUGGCACUUUAUUACUAUGUCCAUAAUUCUUAUGUGGGCAUGUGUACAAUAUGUUUGACAUUCGCGCUUCACAAACUUGCCCCUGGCUUGGUCAAUUAGCUCGACUCAAGUCAAGUCAAAGCCUGGGGACAAGCGAGCCGAAGCGUCAAGUCCGAUCGAACGAGGAUUCCAACAACAAACAGACUUAUACUCAAGGAAUCGGAUCGGCACAUCAUUUAAGACUUUUAGUUUAAAAGGACGGAAAGGGGCGCAGGCGGUUAAUGAUUGCAUGAUUAGCAUUGGUACCUGGCAUAAGCAUGCCUGGCUCCCGGGCCAACGGGCCGCUGGUUGAGUCGGGUUUGACAGGCAGCUGACACUGAAGGUCGCUGGACACACAAGAGACUACGAAGGAAGGAUUUGGAUGGCAUCUCCGAGUGACUGGUUAUGCCAGUUGGAGAAUGGGAUGAUCUAGGUAUUUGGUGAAGGACGAGGCAGGGUUGGUGACGCACAGAACUAGUAAUGAAUAUAGUGCUGC